GAGGCUGUCUGUGUGUGGGAACGUGGGUCCCAGUUACUUUCCCACGGCUCUGACGGCUGUAGCAGCAGCAGCAGCAGCAGAAGAGAGUUGGUUUGACACGGGCCUUACGUACACACACCUGGUCUAUCCCCUCCUUCACGUUCCCCUAUUAUAUAUAAACACAUAUACCCGAGGGCUCGCCCUAAACUGUGUCCACUGAAGUAGUGUCUUGCGAGUGUUCCGCGGUAGUGAUAUUGACAGUAAGUUGUGGCUAUCAUGAGACCAGACGGGAGUGCCUACAUGCUGCCAACCUCUGUGUAUGACGAGCAGCCAAUUUCAAGAACAUAUCAAUACAGAAAGGUCAUGAAGCCAAUGCUCGAACGUAAACGUCGUGCAAGAAUAAACAAGUGUUUGGACGAGCUGAAGGACCUGAUUGUCACGUCCCUGCAGGCUGAAGGCGAGAACGUCAGCAAACUAGAGAAGGCCGACAUCCUAGAGCUCACGGUACGUCAUCUGCACAAACUCCGUCGCCAGCAUUCCCUUGGUUUGACGCCCGAGGCAGCCUACGCGGACAGGUUCCGCGCCGGUUUCACCCACUGCGCAGCAGAAGUGGUCCAGUAUCUCGCUGCUGCCACCUCUCCCCUCAACAUCGACCCAUCGGCAAGAACCAAACUGCUGCAACACCUGGGGUCAUGUAUGCACAAGAUUGACAACAUCUCGAACAACCCCCUGGAAACGGCCGCGGAACCCAAUCUCGCUACCUCCAAGUGCUACAACAAUGUAUACACCCCUCCAGCAUCGCCACACCUCCAGGGACCAGUGUCACCCUCUGCUACUCAUGUCAUGAUGAGUCCCACGACCAAGUCGCCUUUGCCCCCGGUCUGGAGGCCGUGGUAACCACGAACUGUCAGCAUUUACCCGAUAUUUAUUAAUGUAAAUAUAUAUAUACGCAGUGAAGUGUACGUAGACACGUCAGUGAUCGAUAAACAUUCGGAGGUAAUCGAGACACGCCCACUUGGGAUUUAUCAAACGGACCGCACUAAUUGCGUAGGGCAUUCACUCAUAUUAGUGCAGAUAUUACGUUAAUAAUAAUUAUAAAAUUAAGAAUGGUUUUCUUACGUAAUUUAAAAGGUAAUUGUUUCGAACCUUAAAAUUUUAUUAAGUAUGAUUCCGUAUAAAAUUGCAUGCCCCAACUAAAUCCAAAAGAAAACCUACAUUGGUCGAUUCAAAAUAAGCAUUACUUGCAAAAACUGCCUUUCUUGAAUUAUCUUUGAAGGAACGGCAUACGUUGGGUAGGCAACCUGACGGAAAAAAUUACAAGUGUUCAGUUGGGUAGCAGGUAUAGUGAUACUGGUUCCACUAAACGUUAGAAACCAAAUGGAGUGCCUUCCAACUAGCGGUUUGAAGAAGUCGAAACUUCAAAGAUCGUUCUGACAAAGUAUACACUCAAUUUAUUAAUGUUCAUUUUAAGAAUAAAUUUGAAGUUUGUAUUAAUAUUGACGUCGUUUCAUUUAAGAACAGUUGUUUGCAGUGUAACUUACUACAUUAUUUCGCAUUUAUUUGCUCUAAAAUUGUAAUUUUGCUUUAAAUUAUGAUGUCUGUGAUAAUGAACACGUACCUGAGACGACUAAAUGAUAAAUAUAUAACCUCAAAUAUUUUGUACCCUGUUACGUUACAGAUAUGCUAAUCAAUAAUAAUUAUGAUGAAACACUGUUA